CGUCAGACCGUCUGCCUGCCUCCGACCGCGGUCUCGGAGAGAAACCCGAUCUCCUUGGACUUGAAUGAGGAGGAGGCGGCGGCGGCGAAGGAGGAGGCGCUCGGCUUGGGGAAGCCAGCAGCAGAGGCUCAGCCCCGGCGGCACCGCGCGCCCCGGCUGCCAGCCCAUUUCCCGGACGCCACCCGCGGGCACUGCCGACGCCCCAGGGGCUGCGGAGGGGCGGCCGGGGGGCGCCGGGGAGUGCGGCCCCGCUCACUGAGUCCCGCGGCGCCCCGGAAACUUGGCGGCGUCCCCAGCCCGGCGAGCCGGGGCGCGCCUUCCCCGCCGCGCGCCUUCUGCAUGCGGGGCCCGAGCACCGGGCGCCGGCCGGAGCCCCCCCCGGCCGCCCCCGUGCCCCCUGCGCCCCGCGCUGCGCCGCCACGCCGUCCAUGCACCGCUUGAUGGGGGUCAACAGCACUGCCGCCGCCGCCGCCGGGCAGCCCAAUGUCUCCUGCACGUGCAACUGCAAACGCUCUUUGUUCCAGAGCAUGGAGAUCACGGAGCUGGAGUUCGUUGAGAUCACCAUCAUCGUGGUGGUGGUGAUGGUGAUGGUGGUGGUGAUCACGUGCCUGCUGAGCCACUACAAGCUGUCCGCACGCUCCUUCAUCGGCCGGCACAGCCAGGGCCGGAGGAGAGAAGACGCCCUGUCUUCAGAAGGAUGCCUCUGGCCCUCAGAGAGCACGGUGUCAGGCAGCGGAAUCCCAGAGCCCCAGGUCUACGCCCCACCGAGGCCCGCCGACCGCCUGACCGUGCCCCCCUUCACCCAGCGGGACCGCUUCCACCGCUUCCAGCCCACCUACCCCUACCUGCAGCACGAGAUCGACCUGCCGCCCACCAUCUCGCUGUCGGAUGGGGAGGAACCGCCUCCCUACCAGGGCCCCUGCACCCUCCAGCUUCGGGACCCCGAGCAGCAGCUGGAGCUGAACCGCGAGUCUGUGCGCGCGCCCCCGAACAGAACCAUCUUCGACAGCGACCUGCUUGGCAGCGCCGUGAUGGGCGGGCCCUGUCCCCCCAGCAGUAACUCGGGCAUCAGCGCCACGUGCUACGGCGGCGGCGGGCGCAUGGAGGGGCCGCCGCCCACCUACAGCGAGGUCAUUGGGCACUACCCCGGGUCCGCCACCUUCCAGCACCAGCAGAGCAGCGCGCCGCCCGCCUUGCUGGAGGGGACCCGGCUCCACCACGCACACAUUGCGCCCCCGGAGAGCACGGCCGCCUGGAGCCAAGAGAAAGACAAACAGAAAGGACACCCUCUCUAGGGGCUCCCGGCCGGGCCAGGGCAGCGGUGGGGAAAGAGGCGAAACACUCCGCACUUCUAAAAAGAGAGAGGCAGGGGGGAGGACACACACAAACUGCGGGCAUCACCAUCCCCUCCCCCACCUCUGUAUAAAUAUUUACAUGUUCCGUCUGGUCUGAAUGCACAAGCUAGGAAAGCUUGAAAAAAAAAAAAAAACCUCACACAAAAAAACCCUGUUUCUUUGUUGAGCUGUGUCUUGAAGGCAAAAGAGAAAAAAAAUCCUACCCCAGUCUUUUCUGUUCCUGAUUGAACUGCGUGAACACUUACCUUCUGUUUAUGAUGACUUAACUUUAAAGACAUUUGCACAAAACCUUUGUUUAAAGAUCUGCAAUAUUAUAUAUAUAAAUAUAUAUAAAGUAAGAGAAACUGUAUGUGCGAGGGCAGGAGUAUUUUUGUAUUAGAAGAGUCCUAUUAAAAAAAAAAAGAAGUUGUUUUCUGAACUAGAAGAGAAAAUGGCCAUUUUUACGUGCCAACUCAGAAAGUGUGCAUUACCUUGUAAAGAAAACAAUGACAAAGCAGGGGUUUAGAGUUAUUUAUAUAAAUGUUGAGCUUUUGCACUAUUUUUUAAUAUAAAUAUGUUCGUGCUUGUUUGAUGGAAACUUCUAUCAUGUCUGUCGAGACUCUUAGGAGAGGAACGUCGAGCUCCGACGUCAGGCAGAGGGUGGGCUCCUCGAAGAAUUUGGACGGGGGGCAUCCGGACGGGCCGCUUGCCUUUAGAAGCUUUGUCAAGUGACAGGUGAUUUCACCUGGUGACACAUUCCCUCCCGAAGGGGACAUACUUGUUUCCCCUCUGGGUCAGAACAGCCUUUGGCUCGCACGAAAUAGGAAAGUUAUUCGAGGCACCAAGUACCAGGUGGUGGCUUUGGCUUUUCCCCCAAAUGAAAAUAAACUGUUACUGAAGGAA